AAGGUGGUAUUAAUGGUGAGUUUCAUAUAAUAUGUGUAUUGGGGUGGGGAGUGGGCACUUUCAUGUAAGGUGGUAAAUCAGAAUAAUCCACUCAUGUAGGAUAUGACUGAAACCAUGCCAAUACAACAUCAAACUUUCACUUGCCAACUCAUAUAUAUCUUUAACCUAACAUUGCCAUGAUCUCCUGUUUACAACAAGCUUCACGCACACAGACACUGAAGACUGUUUGAUAUAUUUAUGAAUGUAAUAAAAUGUCCUUGUAGUUGUACAUUGUGAGUGUCAGCCACGUCGAGGCACCAACCGUUCCUUGGGGACAUAAGGGUAGGGGAACUUGACCACCACGUGGACAUGGCCAGUUCGGGUGUGGACCUGGGUAGUUCAGACGAGGAAGAUUCUACAAUCCGUGGCAGAUCAGAUCUACGCGAGGAGGAGCCUGGAGACAACGCGGCCAUUGCCAGGCCGACUGAGCAUGGACCUAACCCUGGAGACAACACGGCCAUUGCCAGGCCGACUGAGCAUGGACCUGGCCCUGGAGACAACACGGCCAUUGCCAGGCCGACUGAGCGACAACUUGUCCCUGGAGACCACACGGAAAUUGCUGAAGCAGGGAGUCAAUCUUUCGUCUCCAGGCCAAGGCGUGGUGGUCCAGCCAGGGUCAUCAUUGUUGCCAACUCGAAGUACGUCAACAUCUCCACUGGGCAGAUGGUACCGGGGACUGUCGGAGAAGAUACUCUCGAACUCCGCCUUAUUGAAGCAAAGAAAGUGUUUGUUGAAACAGAAAUCUACAGAACGAUGAAGCAAAAAGUAAAGCAGUUUGGUUAUGUGACCCUUUAUGGUGCCUCUGGAGAAGGGAAGACAACGAUGGCUCUGAUGUUGAGUUUACGUUAUAGAAACCGAGGUUACCAGGUCGUGUUUGUGGACAGCAUUGAGAAGUUUGACUUGGACAGCUGCCUCAGUUCUACACCAAGAGUAUUUCUUAUCAUUGAUGACAUGUUUGGCACUGCUGGCUUGUCCACUAAUGUUCCACUAAUUAAAUCAUUUCUAAACAAUCUUAUUCUCCAUAUAGACCACUGCAAACAGUCCCGUGAACAGAUGCAGUCAGUUAGGCAAGAUGGAGGUAAAUCCAGUCAUGAUGACAAAAGAAAAGGUCACACAAAGGACAUUCGUGUCAUUUUCACAUCAAAGUCAUACAACUUCCAUGACGGACUUGCACAACUGCACUUUAGUUGUUUCCCACUGUUUGGGGAACAAACAAUUAUGAAUAUAACUUUACAUGAUGUCCACUGUCUUUCCCCAGCAGAGAAACAGGAAAUAUAUGAGAGACAUAAGAGCAUGCUAGAUGAAUGCUCCAGAGAUUACCUACCUGAAUACAGAGAUUUGGAAACAGAUUCGAAACUAUUUGGAUUUCCACUUAUAUGUAAAUUUGCUUCCUUUUCAAAAAAUCUCAGAAAGCUUUUCAAGGAACCCUUGUCUUAUUUGAGGGAGGAACUCACUGACAUAAUUAAUUCUAAGAAUGAUAGAUCUGGUGUGUUAGUUCUGAUGUUAUUGUGUGAAGACAGAUUAAAAUUGACAAAGUUAGAAAGCGAGGAUGAGGACCAGGACUUGGAUACGAAAGUCAAACAUGUGAUACGUCUCAUGCCUACCGCUACACGCUCUGGGAUGUGUCAAGCUGCAAGAAGUUUCCGAGGUACAUACUUCACAAGAGGAGACACUGUAGGCUUUGCUCACUCUUCAAUCUAUGAUGCUUGUGCCUGUGUCUUAUAUAACAUCAAUCCAAGUUUUGUUUUGAAGCAUUGCAGUGAAGACUUUCUAUACGAGCGUGUACAACAAGAAACAGUACAAGAAACAAAAGUUGAUGAACAUCUUCACGUGAUUUCCGUUUCCGAAGAAUAUCAUGAUCUUCUUACCACACGGCUUGCACAUUCUCUGAAGCAAGGACAUUUUUCUAAGUCAGUGACACAUCCAAUUCUGAAGCAAGACAAACUUUCUGAGCAACUUCUUGAAAGACUACACGUUGAUGGGAUGAAACAUGAUUCCACAGGCAAUGCCUGGUUUCACCAAAGAGAAAAAGGAAAAUAUUUUUUGUAUUGGGCUGUUCUUGGACAUAAUCCAUAUUUGGUUACAAAUGUUGAGAACCAAACUGGAGAAGUGUUUACACAAGACGAGAUCAGAGAGGGUUUGGGAGGUUGUGCCCAAGUAAACAACCUGACAUUACUUCAAUGGCUACUCUCCAGGAGUGAUGAGCAUGACCGGAUUAGCAGACUGAACAAGCUCAUGUUGUCAGCAGCAGAAAAUGGAAGUACUGAAACACUGUUGUAUCUGCUGAAUGAAGGAGCAAAUCCCCAUACUCGUGACUCGAUGAUGCAAAACAUCUUCCAUUUGGUAUGCAAAUCACGACAUGAAAACACACUUCGUGCACUGCUAAAUGUAUCGGUAGACAAACAUGCUAUAGACAGUGUUGAUGUUGAUGGCCACACUCCUCUUAUGAUUGCAGCAGUAACAGGGUCAGAAGAGUGCUUUCAGCUGUUAACACCAUUCUCAAAUACUGGUGUUCAAGACACGUACGGAAACAGCCUAAUUAACCUUGCUUGUCACGGAGGAAACAUUGCCAUUGUUAGACACCUGCUACCAUCCUUUGACAUCAACAAAACUGGAGUGAAGGGAUGGACACCGAUAAUGGUUGCAGCUGUCGCUGGACAGAAAGGUGUGUUUGAUCUCCUUGAAUCAGCGGGGGCGGACCUCUCUCUUGCUUCGACAUCAGGUCACAGUUUACUUCACCAUGCCUGUCAGGGAGGCAACAUGGCUAUUGUACAACAUCUGCUGUCAGAUUCUAACAUCAACCAAAGGGGAAUGCAUGGAUGGACACCGAUAAUGGUUGCAGCUGUCAAAGGACACAAAAGCGUGUUCGACUUCCUUGAAUCAGCGGGGGCGGACCUCUCUCUUGCUUCGACAUCAGGUCACAGUUUACUUCACCUUGCCUGUCAGGGAGGCAACAUGACUAUUGUACAACAUCUGAUGUCAGAUUCUAACAUCAACCAAAGGGGAAUGCAUGGAUGGACACCGAUAAUGGUUGCUGCUGUCAAUGGACACAAAAGCUUGUUUGACUUCCUGAAAUCAGCGGGGGCGGACCUAUCGCUGGUUGAUACAGAUGGGGAUAGUUUACUUCAUCUUGCCUGUCAGGGAGGCAACAUGACUAUUGUUCAACAUCUGAUGUCAGAUUCUAACAUCAACCAAAGGGGGAUGGAUGGGUGGACACCGAUAAUGGUUGCUGCUGUCAAAGGACACAAAAGCGUCUUUGACUUCCUGGAAUCAAAGGGGGCGGACCUUUCGCUGUUUGAUACAGGUGGUAAUAGUUUACUUCAUCUUACCUGUGUGGGAGGGAACAUGACUAUUAUUCAACAUCUGCUGUCAGAUUCUAACAUCAACCAAAGGGGGGUGAAUGGGUGGACACCGAUAAUGGUUGCUGCUGUCUUCGGACACAAAAGCGUCUUUGACUUCCUGGAAUCAAAGGGGGCGGACCUAUCGCUGGUUGAUACAGAUGGUAAUAGUUUACUUCAUCUUACCUGUAUGAGAGGGUACAUGACUAUUGUUCAACAUCUGCUGUCAGAUUCUAACAUUAACCAAAGGGGGAUGAAUGGGUGGACACCGAUAAUGGUUGCUGCUGUCUUCGGACACAAAGGCGUCUUUGACUUCCUGGAAUCAAAGGGGGCGGACCUAUCGCUGGUUGAUACAGAUGGGGAUAGUUUACUUCAUCUUACCUGUGUGGGAGGGUACAUGACUAUUGUUCAACAUCUGCUGUCAGAUUCUAACAUCAACCAAAGGGGAAUGAAAGGACGGACACCGAUAAUGGUUGCUGCUGUCAAAGGACAUAAAAGUGUGCUUGACUUCCUGGAAUCAAAGGGGGCGGACCUAUCGCUGUUUGAUACAGAUGGUAACAGUUUACUUCCUCUUACCUGUGCAGAAGGCAGCAUGACUAUUGUUCAACAUCUGCUGUCAGAAUCAAACAUCAACCAAAGGGGAAUGAAUGGGUGGACACCGAUAAUGGCUGCAGCUGUCUUCGGACACAACAGCGUCUUUGACUUACUGGAAUCAGAGGGGGCGGACCUAUUGCUGGUUGAUAGAGAUGGGGAUAGUUUACUUCAUCUUGCCUGUCAGGAAGGCAACAUGACUAUUGUUCAACAUCUGCUGUCUGAUUCAAACAUCAACCAAAGGGGAAUGAAAGGACGGACACCGAUUAUGGUUGCUGCUUUCAAAGGACACAAAAGCGUGUUGGGCUUCCUGGAAUCAGAGGGGGCGGACCUAUCGCUGGUUGAUACAGAUGGUCACAGUUUACUUCAUCUUGCUUGUGCGGGAGGCAACAUGACUAUUGUAAAACACCUGUUGUCAGAUUCUAACAUCAACCAAAGGGGGAUGAAUGGGUGGACACCGAUAAUGGUUGCUGCUGUCUUCGGACACAAAAGCGUCUUUGACUUCCUGGAAUCAGAGGGAGCGGACUUAUCGCUAUUUGAUACAACGGGUGAUAGUUUACUUCAUCUUGCCAGUGUGGGAGGCAACAUGACUAUUGUUCAACAUCUGCUGUCAGAUUCUAACAUCAACCAGAGGGGGAUGAAAUGGCGGACACCGAUAAUGGUUGCUGCUGUCUUCGGACGCAACAGCGUAUUUGACUUCCUGGAAUCAGAGGGGGCGGACCUAUCGCUGGUUGAUACAGUUGGGAAUAGUUUACUUCAUCUUGCCUGUCAGGAAGGCAACAUGACUGUUGUUCAACAUCUGCUGUCAGAUGCUAAUAUCAACCAAAGGGGAAUGAAUGGGUGGACACCGAUAAUGGGUGCAGCUGCCAAAGGACACAAAAACGUUUUUGACUUCCUGGAAUCUAAGGGGGCGGACCUAUUGCUGGCUGAUACAACUGGUAACAGUUUACUUCAUCUUGCCUGUUUGGGAGGGAACAUGACUAUUGUUCAACAUCUGCUGUCAAAAUCAAACAUCAACCAAAGGGGAAUGAAUGGAAUGACACCGAUAAUGGGGGCGAACCUAUCGCUGGCUGAUACAUCUGGUAACAGUUUACUUCAUCUUGCCUGUUUGGGAGGGAACAUGACUAUUGUUCAACAUCUGCUGUCCGAUUCUAACAUCAACCAAAGGGGAAUGAAAGGACUGACACCGAUAAUGGUCGCUGCUGUCAAAGGACACAACCUCGUGUUUAACUUCCUGGAAUCAGCGGGGGCGGACCUAUCGCUGGUUGAUACAGUUGGGAAUAGUUUACUUCAUCUUGCCUGUCAGGAAGGCAACAUGACUGUUGUUCAACAUCUGCUGUCAGAUGCUAAUAUCAACCAAAGGGGAAUGAAUGGGUGGACACCGAUAAUGGGUGCAGCUGCCAAAGGACACAAAAACGUGUUCGACUUCCUGGAAUCAAAGGGGGCGGACCUAUCGCUGGCUGAUACAACUGGUAACAGUUUACUUCAUCUUGCCUGUUUGGGAGGGAACAUGACUAUUGUUCAACAUCUGCUGUCAGAAUCAAACAUCAACCAAAGGGGAAUGAAUGGAAUGACACCGAUAAUGGUUGCAGCUGUCAAAGGACACGAAAGCGUGUUUGACUUCCUCGAAUCAAAGGGGGCGGACCUAUCGCUGGCUGAUACAACUGGUAACAGUUUACUUAAUCUUGCCUGUUGGGGAGGCAACAUGACUAUUGUUCAACAUCUGCUGCCCGAUUCUAACAUCAACCAAAGAGGAAGGAAUGGAUCGACACCGAUAAUGGUUGCUGCUGUCUUCGGACACAAAAGCGUGUUUGACUUCCUGGAAUCAGAGGGGGCGGACCUAUCGCUGGCUGAUACAACUGGUAACAGUUUACUUCAUCUUACCUGUGUGGGAGGGAACAUGACUAUUGUUCAACAUCUGCUGUCAGAUUCUAAUAUCAACCAGAGGGGAAUGAAUGGGUGCACACCGAUAAUGGUUGCAGCUGUCAAUGGACACAAAAGCGUGUUUGACUUCCUGGAAUCAGAGGGAGCGGACCUAUCGCUGGUUGAUACGGAUGACAACAGUUUACUUAAUCUUUGCUGUGCAGAAGGCAACAUGACUAUUGUUCAACAUCUGCUGUCAGAAUCUAACAUCAACCAACGGGGAAUGAAAGGACGGACACCGAUUAUGGUUGCUGCUUUCAAAGGACACAACCUCGUGUUUAACUUCCUGGAACCAGAGGGGGCGGACCUAUCGCUGGUUGAUACAGAUGGUAACAGUUUACUUCAUCUUGCCUGUGUGGGAGGCAACAUGACUAUUGUUCAACAUCUGCUGCUGUCAGAUUCUAACAUUAACCAAAGGGGAAUGAAUGGAUGGACACCGAUUAUGUUUGCUGCUUUCCAAGGACACAAAAGUGUGCUUGACUUCUUGGAAUCAGAGGGGGCGGACCUAUCGCUGGUUGAUACAGAUGGUAACAGUUUACUUCAUUUUGCCUGUGCUGGAGGCAACAUGACUAUUGUUCAACAUAUGUUGUCAGAUAAACUAUAGAGUUGUCCCGGUGGGUCGCCCCAAUGCAGUCACAGGAACGUAUACAAGUCUCCAACGUAUACAAGCUGUAUGGUAUCACCUGGAUAGUGUACUGUGAGUAGUCCUCG